AUGGAGACCAUCACAAAGUCACCGACCAAGAGACGCGCCCUCGCCGCCCUGGACGCGAACGCGCUCGCCUCCCCGAAGCCCCCUCACCAGCUCAAGAGCACGGCCAAGAGCCCCGUCAAGCAGAUCAAGCGACCUCUGGAGGAACCAAUGGCCGCCGCCGCGAUGAGUCCUCUGCCCAAGAAGAGGGCGUGUUUCGAGACGUCCGUCCCGCUCGCCAACCUGCAGAAGAUGCCGCUGCCGCCGCGGGCGAAAAAGGCCGAGACGAGUGAUUCCACAAGCCAAGAGAAGGAGAGGGAUGUGUCUGCACAAGGAGACAAGGGCGACGACGCAAGGCAGCAGCAGCAGCAGCCACGGGCCUGGGGCAAGAUCUCACACAGCCAGAAUAUGCCCAGCGAACAGAAUCUCGGUGAAGACUCGAGCGACAAUGACGAUGUGGAGGAGGGGCAGGAAGGAGAGGAUGCGGCGCCGGAGCUGCCGCGCCUGUCCCCGUCCAAGUACGCCAUGUCGGCGCUGCAGAGCACAGAGGAAACCUUGACGGACCUGGCGGACGGGUUACUGAGUCUCUCGAGGAGUAAUUCGGACGUGUAG